UGAGAGAGAGAGAGAGAGAGAGAGAGAGAGAGUUAGUUUAAACAAGCGAGGCGGACGUACUGCCAAAUCGACCAAGCGUCUCUCACAACUCACCAGAAGAAGCGUCUCCCACAACUCAUAAGGUUGUGUUAUUUAUUUUGCAGGAGAGUUUUCUGAAGUUUAAUAACUGGUGUUAAGAGGAAAUUUAAAGAUGUCGAGUGGUCCUGGACUGGAGUCCCUUGUUGAUCAAACAAUUUCAGUCAUAACAAAUGAUGGACGUAAUAUAGUGGGAAUCCUGAAAGGUUUUGACCAGGCUACAAAUAUCAUUCUCGAUGAAUCUCAUGAGCGAGUUUACUCUACAAAGGAAGGUGUUCAGCAACUUGUAUUAGGGCUGUACAUCAUCAGGGGGGACAAUAUAAGCAUUGUUGGGGAAUUAGAUGAAGAGCUUGAUUCGAAUCUGGACUUGUCAAAACUGAGGGCUCAUCCCCUUAAGCCUGUAAUCCAUUGACUGGCAAGAAUGAAUUGGAAAUCUAGACUAUAUUUUAGAAUAUCAUGUAAAAGAUGUUGAGACAAUAGAUGUAAACUAAACCCAACUUUGUUGAGCCGUAUCCCAACUAAAUGGGGUAACAAAGGUGUAAGGAACCCAAAAUUUUGAUGUUUACUACCUACCGACACUGACAGGGAGAUUGCUCCCCAUUAUUUGUUGCCCUAACAAAAAAUUUUCGAAGUGAGAUGUUGAGAUUCAAACUGGUUAGAA